AUGGGCUGUGCCUCCGCCAAGCAUGUUGCCACUGUUCAAAAUGAAGAGGAAGCCCAGAAAGGGAAAAACUACCAGAACGGAGAUGUGUUUGGCGACGAGUAUAGGAUCAAACCGGUGGAAGAGGUCAAAUACAUGAAAAAUGGGGCAGAAGAGGAGCAGAAAAUAGCAGCCAGGAACCAAGAAAACUUGGAAAAAAGUGCCAGUUCAAAUGCAAGACUUAAAACUAACAAAGAGAUCCCGGGAUUAGUUCAUCAACCCCGAGCAAACAUGCACAUCUCUGAGAGCCAACAAGAAUUCUUCAGAAUGCUGGACGAAAAAAUCGAAAAGGGUCGAGAUUACUGUUCGGAGGAAGAGGACAUCACAUAG